CAAUCAAAACCAAGCCAAGAAUAGUAAUUACUUUUAAGCAUGAAAGAUAUUGACUUUAGUUUUCCUUUUUCUUCUUCAAAUCGUAGCCUUUUUUUUUUCUUAUUCUGAUCUCUAUUCUUCUUUUCAAAGGUGUUUAAAUAUGACUAUUCAAAAUCCCCUGAUAAAUUAUGAUGAUCAAAAAUGGGCUUUGAUCCCGUCUGAUCCAGCUAUUUUCAAUGAUAUGAUUCAACAGUAUGGUGUUAAAGAUAUUAAUGUUGAAGAAAUUUGCUCACUUGAUUUUGAGGAGUUUAAGAAAGAAGGAAAAGCUGUACAUGGCUUAAUGUUCAUAUCAAAAUAUAUUGAAGAAGAAUUACAUCCUUAUUUUGACCAUGUUGAUUCUGAUGUUGUUGAUGUUGUAUUCACCGCUCAAGUUGUAACAAAUGUUUGCGCUACCUUAGCUUUACUCGCUAUUUUAUUUAAUUCUAAUAUAGAAAAGGGGGAUAUUUUAACUAAUUUCCUGAAGUUCACUGAAGGAUUUUCUCCUAUAGAUAGAGGCUUAUGUUUAGGCAGCAGUAAAGAGAUUCGAGAAAUUCAUAAUGCCUAUGCUUGCAAUGCUAAUCAAUUAGCUGAAACUGCCCUACUGGAUUCAUAUGCCGACACAUCUAGUAAUAGUCAGUUAGAAUAUGUUGAUGCUGAGAAUUUUCAUUAUAUUUCCUACAUUUUCAAGAAUGGCUUUCUUUGGGAACUUGAUGGUUUGAAGUAUUAUCCAGUAAAAUUAGCUGAAUGCACUGAAGAGAAUUGGCUCACAGUUUUAAGGCCAAUACUAGAAAAGAAAAUGAACUCCUCAAAUCAUAAUGAUAUUCAAUUCAGCUUACUGGCUAUAACACAUGAUAGUUACUCUCUUCUGAAAAAGCAAAAUGAAGUGUACACUUUCUGUCUUGAUAUUAUUAACAAAAUUAUUGACAGGGAUCCGCCUUUCAAAAAGAGUACAGUCUAUUAUCAUAAGAAGCGGUUCUUUGAAAAAUUCCCAGAUGCAACUAUCCCGCUCUAUGAUCAUAUAGUUAAGCUUUGGGAAAAUGUACGUCGUGGUGAUUACGAAGCAGCAGCUCCACAGAUGCAUAUAUUACAAGAAAGAUUAAAUGAAUUAGAUAGUAAACUAAAAUAUAGUCAAGAAGAAAAAGAGAUAGCACAUGCUGAAGUGACGCGACAAAAGUUUGAUUAUUUCCCCUUUUUGGCAAGUCUUUUUAAAAAAGGAUAUAAAUAUAAGCUUGUGCAGGCUCAACCUACGAAAAAGGUAGGCAAAAAGAAGACUUCUUUACGAGGUACAAAACGCGCUACAAGGAAGCGAAAAAUAGUAUCCUAACUCUUUAUUACUAUUAUUAUUAUUAUUUUUUGAGAUACAUGUAAAUAUGUAAAUAAGAAAUACCAUUAUCAAAAGGUG